AUGUGUUGCUUAAAGGUAAUUGUCUUCAGUGCAUUAAUAGCAGUCGUACGUGGAGAGCGUCGAUUCCCCGACGCAUUUAAGUUCGGGGCGGCGACUGCAUCUUAUCAAGUUGAAGGGGCCUGGAAUGUUAGUGACAAGUCAGCUAGUAUAUGGGACACCUUCAUUCACAACAACCCUUCAGUCAUAGUGGAUCAAUCAAACGGCGAUGUUGCCUGUGAUUCCUAUCACAAGUGGAGGGAAGAUGUUCACCUUGCGUCUGAAUUAGGACUUGAUUUCUACAGAUUGUCACUAUCAUGGCCGCGGCUACUGCCAAAUGGUUUUUCCAACUACAUAAGCGAGGACGGCAAGAGAUACUACAAUGACGUGAUUAAUGGCCUUCUUGAGAAGGGAAUCGAACCUGUUAUCACUCUCUACCACUGGGACUUGCCGCAGAGGUUGCAGGAUCUGGGUGGUUGGGCCAAUCCUCUAAUAGUUGAAUGGUUUGCGGACUAUGCUCGCGUGGUAUACGACCUCUUUGGUGAUCGCAUCAAAUCCUGGAUUACCAUCAAUGAGCCAGUUAUUGUUUGUGAGGCUUCGUACACCAUGGCCUCUUUUGCCCCUGGUAUAUAUAGUCCAGGGUUCGGAAGCUACCUGUGCAAUAAGAACGUGCUGUUGGCUCACGCGAAAGCUUGGAGGCUUUAUGACGAGGAGUACAAGCCUAAAUAUGGGGGAAAAGUAUCGCUGACUAAUCAAAUUUUGUGGGCUCAGGGAUACUCAGAGGAAUACGAAGAUUUAGCCGAGCUUGUACUGCAGAUGAGUGCUGGUCUAUACUCCUACCCAAUCUUUUCAAAAGAAGGCGGUUGGCCUCCCUCUGUAGAAAAAUAUAUCGCAGAGAAAAGUGCCCGGGAAGGCUACACUAGAUCCAGAUUGCCACCAUUGACUACUGAUGAGAUCGAUUUUAUAAAAGGAACAUUUGAUUUCUACGCCGUAAACUACUAUACCAGCCGGUUAGUAAGAAAUCCGAAAGAGGGAGAAAAAAUUGGAUUGUGGCCUUUAUACGGCUGUGAAGAAAUAAAUGCACUAAUGGAACCUGCGCCAGAGUGGACACCGACCUCUUCUAAUUGGUUCUUUGAAAACCCAGAAGGAUUAAGACGUCUAUUGUCCUGGUUGAAAAAGAACUAUGGGGACGUAGAAUAUAGAAUUAUGGAAAAUGGUUAUGCCAGUGAUAAAAGGGACCUUAAUGAUACUAAUAGAGUUAAUUAUUAUAAGACUCAUUUGGAACAGGUGUAUCUCGCCAUAACCGAGGACAAUGUGAACGUAACCUACUACACGGCUUGGACGCUUUUGGACAAUUUUGAGUGGUCUGAUGGUUACGUAUCGAAGUUUGGUCUUGUUGACGUGGACUUCACUAAACCGGACCGCCCUCGUACUCCACGCUCUUCCGCCUACUAUUAUGCAAAUGUUAUAUCUACACGUUCAUUGUGUGACGAUGACUCAAAAACGAAUCCUUAA